AUGGCCCCAGUUGCUGUGCGUUGGUGUGUCAGUUGGUAUCAGAUCGAGCACAGGUUCACAUUGAGCCAGAAUACAUGGCUUCAUUCUGCACGUGCACGUUCAGGAGAUACGUAUUUGACGCUUAAACCUGGAGGCUUUUGCGUGACUCAGGCCUACUCCGGCCAAAUCGAGCAACAUGCAUGUCUCCUCUUCUCUGAAGUUAGCUUAGGCCUGAGCUCAACACUGUGCCUCCUAGUUACAGCUCAGUCUCAUAAUAUGCGACGAAUCUCAGCUCAACUGGACGCCAGCCAAAAAGUUGCACAUACUUUCGGGUAG